UAUAAAAUAAAAUAAAAACACAAUUUUAUUGUCAAUAAUAAUAAUUAAUUAACCUACACCAAACCAUUCAAAGAUCCAACCAAAAAUAAUUAGCAUCAACCUAUACCACAUUUUCCUUUUUUUCCCACUUUUUUUCCACCAUCCAUUUCUUUUUCUCUGCAGAAAAUCAAGUACCCAAUAUCUUCAUGGAUCCCUACUAUUUCCCCACCACUAGUAACCAGCAGCCGCCGUUUCCACCGCCACAGCCGCCGCCGCCACAGAAGAAGCAAAACCAAAUCCAAGGUCCACGCCCUUCCGCACUUAAAGUACGUCAAGACUCUCACAAAAUCAAGAAACCACCGCUACCUCCGCCACAACAGCCCGUCAUCAUCUACGCCGUCUCUCCCAAAAUCAUCCACACCAAAGAGUCUGAGUUCAUGGCCGUCGUUCAACGACUAACCGGACUCUCCUCCGGUGACUUCUCCACCGGAGACGGCCAAGUAUCUCCAGCAGCAAGAUUAGCUGCUACAGAGAGAGUAAGCCCAAGAGAAAGAAGUAACGUGAUUAGCAAUAACCCAGAUGACGGCCGCGGCGGCGGAGAUUUUGAUCUGUUGGGUAUGAUAGAGGGUGUGGAGAUUGGUCAAUUUCCGGGAGUUUUGUCGCCGGCGCCGGCGAUGUUGCCGCCGGUUCCACCUGGGUUUUUCUCUCCGGUAAUUGACCAAAGUUUCUUUAAUGAUAUGAUGUUUAAUAGUCCGUAUGGAAAUAGUAGUGGUUUUAUAGUGAGUCCUACUGGUUUAUUACCAGCUUCUAAUAAUAUACUUUCUCCAUUAGCUUCACCUGAUAUUUUCCAUCUUUUAAUGGAAUUUUAGUUUUCUUUUUCCAAUAAUUGGGAAAGGGAAACAUUUGCGGAAAAAAACGAACUUACAAUCUAACAGUUUGCUGCUCAACGUUUAUAUCGUUUGAGCCGUAGUUCAUUGGUGAAUUUUAGUUUAACCAUACCAAAUACCAAAACAAGGGUAGAUUAGUUAGUGGCUAUUGCAAUUGACUAGAAAAGCUUUGAGUUGACUGACUUUUGCAUUUUGAUAGAAGAAAAUUAGAAAAAUUGAUUUAUUGUAUAUUUCUGUAUUUUUGUGUUUAUUCUCUUGUUUUGGAGUUGUAAUCUUUGCUAAUGGCAAGAGUCAAUUUGUAGAAUUUGCUGUUUUUUUUAUGGUGUAUAGUUUAUUGGAUGAUUUAUACCAAUAGGGGUAUUAGAGAUUCUGUUUAAGUGAUUCUAUUGUUUCCUUAAAUGCACUAGAAGUGUUGGAUAAAUGCAGCCUUCCAAAAGAAAUUCAGCAGGAUGUCCAAUUAGAAUUGAGAUUCUACAUGAAUAUAUUUAUUUAAAUAAAGAAAAAUUUAUUAUUUUAGA